CAGUGUGCCACAACGGAGCGCGGGGCGUGGUGCUGUGCCUACUGGAGGUGGGCCGCCUGGCUCAGGGCUGGUGGGGCCUCGAGCCCCCCGGCAUCAUCAAGCUGGAGAGGGAGAUGGACGGAGAGGAGUGGUCUGGCAGGUCGGACAGUGGGUACUCCAACACCUCCUCCCCGCGAGGCUCGACCCUGACCCUGCACCCAGCCGCGCCCAGCCCUCCUGCCGCAGACCACACCAGGCCUCCCAGGCCACUCUCUGCUCCUGGUCAUUUGCCGCUAGUUCCCCGUCUGGUUCUACCAAACCAAUCUACCCACACCCAGACUGACACACCACCUGCCUCUGCUCAGUCUCAGACCCCAAAGUCAAGUAUCCCUCGCCCAGCUAAGCCUACUCCACCUCCAAAACCUGCCUCCAUACGAAGAGCUGUUUCUAACCUAACACGACGUCCUACCAGCAUUCCUUGCAAGUCAAGAGGAUGGUCUGGUGCCAAGACAACACCUACUACUCCUGUAACGACUCCAACACACUCUGCUAAACCACGGCUCCCUUCAGCUCGAACACCAAGAUCUUCUGGUCGCUCUACACCCAACACUACACCAACCACACCUACUCAUUGUCGACGAUACAUGACAUCACUGCAACGAGCACCAGCACCUCGUCCUGUGUCAACCUCCCGUCCCACUUCACGACCCUCAUCAAAGCCUCCCUCAAGGUCCCCAUCUAUUUGCAGUCGCCUUCAGGAGUGCUACAACACCGUCCAAUCAGAAAGUGUUAACGAAGCCCACAGAACAGAUCUUGAUAAUAAGGUUCUUGACAUAGCAAGCCAGACUCGUGGGUACUGUGGAUGCAAAGAGGUGGACUGUACUAAAUCUCACGUUAAGCGAGUUGCAGAUGGCAAGUAUGAGAUCUGUGGCAGAAAUGUCUAUGUUAGGCAAAAUUCUUCACCCAGCGAGAAGUUUGCACAGACAAGUCAACUAAGGAAACAACCGUCGAGCAAGUCACACACUUCUUGCUCAGAUAAACACUGCCAUACAGUGGAGGAGUUUGUAGCUAAGCUCCAACCACGUGAGACAUCGUCCAGGAUCUCCCACUCUCCUCCUGUUUAUCAUUCAGCAAAGAAGUCUGCACUGAGGCAACGACAUUCCGACUCACCCCUGAGAAAGGUCCACUUCUCUUCUGAACCUAAUAAAUGCCGAAUUCCAGUUACAACAACUGCAACGGCCAGCACUUCUAUAGACCCCUAUCUUUUGAAGGGUAAGCAUGUGAUGGUGCGAGUGGGGGGAGGAUGGGACACCCUAGAGCACUACCUCCUUCGUCAUGACCCAAAGCAGGUGACGGUAUUUAACCUUAAGUCUGCAGACCCCUUCCUACACAUCCGUGCCAAGUACUGUUCACCUACACAGUCCCAAGCUUCUUCUACCAGAGGCUCUCCAACACACUCCCGAGCCACACCCAGUAGGGUGACACUUUCUAGAGAACCUUCCCCUGAAAAUUCAUACUCUGAAGGCACACCACCACCUCCACAGGAACCUCAAGUGCCAACUUCUCCACCUGCUGUGUCUUCCAUGCCUGCCACAGAAAGUUGUGUGUCAAAUACAGACAGUUUCAAGACAGAAAAAGAAAUCUUUGUUCCCACAGGAGAAUCUACAGUGGUUACUGCAGAAGAAAUUUCACUGGAAAAUUCUGAUUCAAGAAAUGCUUCUUUCAUUCCUUGUUCUACCAAUGGAACUACUGAAACCGAUUGUUGCAAGUUAACUCAAGAUGAUAGGCCAACAGCCAAUACAUCCUCUUCUCAAGAAGAAUCCAGUUCUGUAAACAACUCUAGCCCUAAUACAGUUUCAAGACCUAUUGUAAACUCUGCCACAUUUUGCAUCGAGGAUCAUAAUACUUGUAUGACUGAUCCUGUGCCAGCAAUCAUUCACACAUCACACUCAAAAUCCCCUUCUACCUCCUCAGCUUCCUCCUCCUCUUCAGACUCUUCCUCUGAAUCUUCAUCCUGUUCCUUAAAGGUUACACCACCACCCACUCCCUCCACUUUUUCUACACCAGCAUGUGCAACAUCUGCACCAUUAGAUUUAUCAAUAAUGACAAAUGGAAGCAGUUCUACACUUGGGACCCCUUUACCACCAGAUUCAAUUGAUCACGAAGAGCUGUAAGCAAAGGCAUAAACGACAAGCAGUGAAUGAUAAAUUUUGAUUCUUAACACAAUGUCAAUUUAAAUGAAAUGGGAAUGAUUUAUAAUUUCUUUUGACCUCUGGUUGCAAAUACAUAUUACAAUAAAUAUUUUUAUUAAAAAAAAAAUAUUGAUGAAUGUAGCAUCUUGCACAGUGGUACAUGCUAAAUAUGUGAUAUUGUAUGUACUGUAGCUGCACCACAAACUGUUCUGGCAUGACAAAGACUGAAACAUUCAGAGUGAAGAAGGAAAUUGGGUGCUGUGUCCAAAUCCUGUAGCCUAAGAGCCUUCACUUCUAAUAAUGCCUGCUUUGGUGUAUAGGUUAAUGAAGCAUUCACGGUGCUGCAGAGAAUGUGUGCAGGAAUGACCACUUUUAGUGCUAUGGAUUCAUUAUCAAUACAGAGGAGAAAAAUAAGGUGCUCUUGUGACCCUGCAAAGAUUUGCAAUAUAUUUUAUAAUUAGGUUAUAUGAAGGCAUUAAUUGAUAACUGAACUGUCAACUAAUUGUUUUAAAAGAACCAUCAAUUUAAUGUUGCAUCAACUGUGGAAUGAUUCAUUAAUAAUGUAAUAGUCUAAGUGAAUACUUUAAGUACAUUACUGUACAUUAUUUAUUGAUAUUACAUGAUAAUUACUAGAAUCAAGAAAAUGUGCUAUUUUAUUAAACAAAGUAUUGGAACUUCAUAAAUUGUGUAACCAAAUAUACUGUACACUUGAGGAAUAUACAUACAUUUUAAUAUAUAUAUUACACUUACAGCAUACUGUGCUCAUCAUUGUGUUGAACUUGUAAAUGAUUAUGGAAUUUUCUGUAAUCCACCAUCUUAUAUUUCAGGACAUCCAUAAAUCAUAUUAGUGUUUUGUUAUUAAGAGUUUUGUCAAAUAUUGACUGCACACUUGCAGAUGUCUGGUAUGUAGGCACUCGUGGCACUGUGAUAAUAUUACUAACAAAAUCUUCAAUAUUAAUGUUCAUUAAGACUGCUGCAAGACUUUAUUAAGGGCUAUUGAACUCCGUCAGCACCCUAUACCAAAUAAUGUUUCUAGACAACUAAUCUUGCUUAUUGCUAAUUAGUUAUGGUGAAGAACAUAGGAUUUAGGUUUUAAAAAUCUAUAAAUAUCUAUGGUAAGGUUAAUGGUGGGUUUAAUUCAAAUACAGUAAGGUGUCAUUUUUGGGCAUCCAUGUAAUACAUAAUGAUUGACAAGUGUCCAGUAACGAGUCACAUUUGUAAGUCUGUGCAGGUCCAAUUUCAUGGCCCUUUAUUUUGGAAAGAAAAUAGUGAAAGAUUUUAGAUACAUGGUAUAGGAGAUUUUCUAUUAAUCCAAAUGAGGGCUUGUAGUUUUAUGACAAUUAACUUUUUUUGGAGAUACUGGACAAGAUUGUCAGAAGAGCAGGACUCUGAUGUAGGCUUUUUUGCCAUCUCUUAUGUUAACUAAACUAUUAUGCAUGAUAUUUAUAUAGCUCUUUACGAUCAUGCCAGCACAGUAGGUGCUUAUGCCCUUUCAUGUGAAGGCAAAAAUGGUAAGAUACUUAUAUCCAUUAUAGACUUUUAAUGAUUAUGGAAUAACUUCUUUAAAGAGACUUAGUUUGUAUUACAGAUGGAUUUUAGUAGCCAGUAUCUGCUUACUGCAAUAGUACACCAAGCUCGCAACUUAUGUGUAUAAGAGAUAUCCUCAUUGAUAUUUACAAAUGAGAAUGUAUGGGACAUCUUUUGGAAUUCUUUUAAAUGAACUGUAGAUCUAAAGUGAAGUCAGCUUUAUGUAUACAUACUACCGAGAUGUCAAAUGCAUGGUUGCCAUAUGCCUCCUAAUUAACUGCUGAAAUCUUUUAGGUGAUGUGAUAUAUUUUCGUAAGACCCUGAUACUGUUUAAUUUUUAGUGUUUCAAAAUACAAAAAGAAAAAAUCAAUUUUCUAAUACAGUACUGUAAUUACAAAGUUAAAUUUAAAUGACUCAAAUGAAUACUGAUACAGAAUGGGAUAUGCUUUACCCAUUAUUUGAUAAUGUUUAUCAAGACCGUAGCAGGGUCACAAUGGAUCUUAUGAAAAAUUCAUCAACUUAAUGUACAGUAGCCUAUAUCAAAGGAAAAUAGAUGUACAUUGAUGCAAUUUUAUUAUUUAAUAAUAAUUUACUAUAUAAUUAUCUACAAUGAACUUUUCCAUAUCAUAGAAAUUGUUAUCAAUGCCUUUAUUAGGUAUGCCCAUUAUAUUGGAAAACUUCAAUAUUGAGAAGCCUACUUUAUUAGUAAUUAGUUCCCUUAAUCUUUACUGAUUUUGGUAUAAUAAACUGAUCAUAUUACUGUAUUAAAGAAAUAGCUGCUCAAUAUUAAAGCAUUUAUAAUCAGCUCUAGAAAUUUACCAAGCUAAUUUUUGCAUUGUACAGUACCAGAGAACUUAUUAAAAAAAUAAAUAUCUCCUUACAUUUAAAAAUCACUUCAUUAUGGUUCAUAAAUAUGUUCAGUUUCAGAGUAAAACACAGUUUAUGGUGACAAGUAACUUGGAUACUCGAGGGUCAGAUAUGUUAGGAAUUUUAGUCCAAAUAGUAAAAUGUCUCAUUAAUUUGGUGACAAUUAUAAAGAAAAAUGAAUGCCAUAUUAUUGGUACUGGAAACAUUUUUGGAGAUUUAUAUUAUUUUAACAAUUAAAUUGUAAUUCUUCUUAAUUAAAGAGGCUAGUAUUACUCCUGUUUUCAAACAAUGGGUUUUCAAACAAUGGGUUUUCAAACAAUGUAAACAGACUUAGGAUCACCUACUACAGUAUAACCAAAAACUUACCGAGUUUGAAACAAACAUUUCACCUUAAAUAUAUGCAUAUUGAAUACAUAAAUAGACAAAUUAUAUUGCAAAAAUAUUACAAACGUAAAUACUGUAUAGGGUGAAUGCAAGAGAAAUAUAUUACAGCACAGUUUUGCACUGUGAUGCAGUCUAAAUAACCUGCUAUCUUUCUUGGCAUUAGAAAUACCAAUUCAAAGAAUCUUAUAAAUUAUGAAUCAAUUAACAUAUUGCAAGGGGACUGUUAUAAUCUAUCUUGCUACAUUUCUAAUUAGGCCUCUUAUUUAUACUAUAAUACAGUACUAAAUGGGGUACCCAGGUCAACACAGCAUCAUUCCACCCCCCCAAAAAAAAAAGGAUGAUAAAUAACAAAAUGGGAACAUAUUGACGUGUGACGUCCUAACUCGUGUCAACACCCCCAUAAUGUGCAACUAUUUUCCAUAAAAAAAUUUCUUGGCCUUACCAUGGGCAAACUAUCAGAAUGUUUUAUGAUAAAGGAAGUAAUACAAAAAGAUGUUUUAAAAUGUUUCUUUAGUAGGUCGAGCCAAUAUCAUAGUUGCCACCAACUUCAUGGGGGAUUUCUAUGGGAGCCAGCUAAAUUUUAAUGGGAGCAAUGGGGCUGACCCCAACCCACCUAUGUUAGUCUUCUAUCCCUCAGCAAUCACUGCAAAGUUGGGCAAGGUUAGCCCAAAGCCUCUGGCCAAUCUCAGACAAAAAGACAAUUUCCUUUCUUUAGAUAUAUAUAUUAUAUAUUAUAUAUAUUAUAUACUGUAUAGUGUUUUAAGUGCAGUUCAAUAAAAAAAAUUAUUGAGUUAUCAAUCAAUUAAGUUUUCAUUACACGAUAUAGGAAUUUAAAUUUGUGUGACACAGCUUGACUGCCAUGUGUAUAACUGCAUGUAUUAAUUUGCAAAAAUAGGUAAUUAAUAAGAAUAGGGCAUUUGCUAGACAUCCAAAUAUUCAGUACUGUAAUUUAUGUUUAGGGGCCACUUGAGCAUGGCUAUUACUUUAACUUUUGAUGUAGCAUAUAUUUGUUCAGAACAGAGGAUGUAUAGACAUUAAUUUAUUUACAAUUACAAAAAUAAAAUGGUUAUGCACAAGAGAAGUGUACAAGAAAACUUUUUAUGGCUUGCUCAUUCCUGCUUUGUCAAUGAAAAAAAUGAAUGUCAAUAACAUUCACAUGCAUCUCGUAAAAAGUGGUUGUGAUUCAAGUAUUUAUUAAAGUACUAUUAAUAUUAAAAGAAUUUUUCCAUAUCUACCAGAUGAAAUAUCAGAAAUAAGAUAUCCUAACAUUCCAUUUAUAAUCAGUACAAUAAUUCUACUCAAAAGUGCCAAUAGUAGAUAGCUGUUAAAACAUAUAAUUUGAUACUGCAUGAUGAUUAAUGACUUGUCAUGCAACACAGUCAUAAUUAAUGAAUGUGUUUACAUCAAAGUAUUGUAUUUUGUGUGUGUACUGUAUAUAAUAUACUGUUGGUGACAGUUGCCCGUGUAAGCACUACUGCUGGAGAAGGGUUCAUUAAUUCCUUGAUGGUAUUUUCAUUGUCCAGUCAAAAUGCAGCCCAUUUGGUCUCUUAGUAAAACUCCCAAAUAAAAUGUUGCACCCCCUCCCCCUCAGACAAUUAAAGGAUUUUGUGGAAGAGCCCAAAAGUUGGAGCUCAAUCCCUACAGACACAAGCACACCUUAAUAUAUAUGGUAUAUCCUUCAAUCUUUUCAAUGUACAGUGGCACCUCGAUUAACCAGUGGCUCUAUCUACGAGCAUUUUGAGUAACGAGCAAGCCACUCACAGAACAUUUGUCUCUACUAACAAGCUUUUCCUCGAUUAACGGGCGUUUCUGCUGGUUCUCGGACACCUUUUACGACAGUUUUGUUGUCGUUUCGCAAGAAGAGUUUUCCACAUGACGAGCUUGGUGUUGGAACGGAUUAAACUCGUUAAUUGAGGUGCCACUGUACCUUAAGUUGUACUUUGAAAUUAAUACAAAUCCUGGAAACAUGUGACACUGCACAGCCAAUAAUGUGUGCUGCAUGUUGACUGUAUUAACAACUUUUUUCUAGUUUUUUUGCACACAUUUUUUCUGCAAUUUGACCUUGAGUUCAUGCAAGAUGAAACAAAAAAGGAAAUAAUUACGCCAUGGUUAAUCUGAGAAAUUGCAGGCAAAAUGAUGCUAGUAUCUGUGCAAUAUCUUAAGAUAAUUUAAAUACAAAAAAUCUAAAAUCUGAAAAUGAUUACCUGUGUAGGAAAACUUUACGGUUGCUAAUAACGUUUGUGUGUUUUGGAUUGAUGUUUCAUACACAAUAAGUUUAAAGUUAAGUUACAAAUACAAAACUAAUAUCAGAUUAACAAAGAAAAUGUGCAUGUAGUGAUGUGAGCUUUGUAUGCUGUUAUUUUUUACAAUUUAAUUGUGCCAUGAAUUUUUACAUUUACAUAUACUGUACAACAAAAUGUUUUUUUCUGUGUUUUAUAACUGUGUACUGUAUUGCACAAACUGUUUUCCUCCCAUUGGAUAAAUCCUGACCCAAAUAAUUCUUAUCUCUUCAAUUUCAUGUUAUUUAUUUUAGCCAAAUAAAUUUAAAUUAAAAA